GCGGAUUUACUAUAGUGUAGUGUUAUUUAUUACUUACUUAAUGUUAGAUACCAAAACAUUGAUACCGUAGUAUUACGAUACCGUGUAAUAUGUGAUGUGAAGUGGCGAAAUGUGAUUGCACUAUUGUGUAUUGCUGGGUAUUGUUUACCUUUCCAUGGACGCAAUGGGUAGCGCUGUGCGAUGACGUGCGCGGUGCUGGUGGCGCUGGCGCUGCUGGUGACUGCAAGCGCGGCGCGUGCGCAGCUCCGUCCUGCCGACGCGCCGCCACCACUCAACGAUACAAGAUGUGGCAUAGAAUGCAUUCGCUGUGGCGUAGACGGGUGCAUCAAGUGCGCCCAGUUGCUGGUCUGGCCCGAUGGUAACUGCGUUGUCGACUGCCCCUCCGGUACCCGGGAGUCCUGGGCUCAUGAUGAUCACCUCAUGGGCCGAAUCUGCUACCCAGCUCACACUUAUAACGAGGUAUUAGUAGGUGGUGCGUGCGGUGCGGCAGCGUGUAUAGCGCUUGUUGCCGCGGGUGCAGCGUACGCUCGUUGUAGGAGUAACUCACGAGCGCGAGCGCAACCUUUGCCGCAACGCUCGCGUGAUGAUGACGCACGACUGCAUGAGUUCCAUAAACAGCUGGACUGUUUGAGACCUCACGCGUACACUCUACUGGCGAUACUAAACCACACACGGCAUCAAGUGCGAGAACUCUACCAGCUCGGAAAUAAAGAUGCUGCAAUGGCUUACAGUUGCGUGUUGAGCGAUCUGGCGAAGUUGCUGAUCCUUCUGAACAAGCAGCAAGUGCCUGUCGUUCCAGAUGAGUGGCCGAGAUUAGCUAGCUGGGCUGAAAGGAUACUAAAGCGCUACAGCCGAAUGGGAGUUGGUCAAGAAGGUCAAUUAAUAAAUUUCCUACCGUCUCCACCGAGUCAGUCCUCAGAUUCCGGGACACAGCAGUCUUUCUCCACAUUUAAACCUCCGUCCUACUCCCCCACAUCGUAUGACAGCAACAUAGAGAAAGAGAUCGAGAGUGAAUGGAGUGACGUUAGACCGCCAAGCUAUUCUCAGAUAGAAAGUGAAACUAUAGUUCUCUCAGAUCCUUGGGAGAGAAGACCUAUCGUACGACGAGAAAGUGUGUGGUUGGAAGACGAAUUAUUUGAAAUGACAAGACGACCUCAAGAUGAAUUGACUACAGAACUUUAACCUGAACACUACUAUGGGUUUGUACCACAUUUUAUGUGAUUUGGGAUUCUUAAAUACAUUUUAAGAACAUUUAGAAAUAAGUGUAAGAUACGUCAUCCGCAAGUUCCGUCAACGCAUUCAAAAUAACUAAUUAAAAAUUAUCUUUGUAUCAGCAAAGCUUGUGACAGGUCGUCACCAAUUUCGACAUUUUCAGUCAGAGUUCACUAUUUUGAUCUCUGUUGCGAUAGGCAAGUCCCGCUUGACUUAAUUAUGUAGGUAGGUACACUUUUAAAUAGGUUUCAGCAAAACGCGUGAUUACUACAAAUUACAUUUUGUGAUAGGUACAAAAUAAACAUUCACAGUAAGAAUAAUUUAUUCUUAAAUUAAGUAAUGUCUCUAUCUUAAUUUUAUAAUUUUUUCACUGGUAAUGACGAUGAUUUUUUGCGAAUUUUAUGAUACCUAGUUUCGAAGCAAACCAAGUGUCUUAAAGAAUCAAACCGACAAUAGGUUCUUUGAAAUCCUAUUUAAGUAUCGAUUUAACAUUAUCGGGAACAUGAAAUUGUAAACUACUUACCACCAUUUUUGUUAUUACAUGAUCCAUUAUGAAAUAUGCCAGUGAUAAACUUAAAAUUAAAGGACUACAAGCAUUUUUGACAAAGCUGAUUUAUUUAACAGAAAAAAGCAUACCUAUCUAAAUUGGGAAUGAAUUAUUACCUAUACACUAUACCUAAUAAAUAAGUUUAAUAAAGAUAAUGUCACUUAACUACUUAAGUUAAAAUCUUGUUUCGAAUAAUUUUGAGAUUCACAGUAAGUAUAGUUACGUUCGUAUACCUACUGUUAUUAAUAUGUGGUCAUGCUGCGUGACACUGUUGAUUGCAAAUAUAAUUAAUUGUAUGUUGUACCAUUUUGUACCUGUACCUACUAAUAAAUAUUUUGUAUGUUAUUCUAGAUUUAUAGUAUACUUAUAGAAAUAUUUUAUUACGCUUGGAUAAGUAUGUGUUUCUAUGUAACUACUCGUUGUUCAAGUGUAUCGUAUUUCGAUUACAUUAAAAUGCUUUAGAUUUAGUUAAUCAACCAAAGUAGGUAGUCCUAAUUCAUUUAGUUUUCUAGUCCCGGUAACAAAUUAAUACUGAUGAAACAACGAAAAAUAUUAAUUUUCUUGCACGUUGUAUUGGAUAAUGUCACUGCAAAAUUUUUAAUUGGGUAGGUAUUUAAAUUCUUGUUAAAUUUUGUUCAUCGUGAAUAAUUAUACAAAAUAAAUGACUUUUCUACCUAUGAAUGUUUUAUUAAUCA